AUGUGCAACACCGGUGGCAGCUUCGCCCGCUCUACUCCACUGCAGGUACGCCACCCCGCCCCUUCUCUGCCACCUCCGACGGGCGUCCACGGCUAUCGCCGGGUGCUCGUGCCCUUACCGACGUCGGGGCGGUCGAGGACGCCCGAGUCAGAGCCCCAAGUUGCUAUCUGCCUGCUGCAUCCGACCAAAUAUAUCUCUACUCCUAUGGAUUUGAGGGUGUACAUCCGCCAGGGAUGGUUCCCGGGAGGAACUCAAGCAAACCUGGGCGCGGAGCAAUAUCAAGAUCCCGAUGUUUCUGGAUCCGUGAGUGGUUCACGUGCUGAUUACACCACUAUUCCGUUUUAUAGCAGUGAGACUAUUUAUGGCCAGCAAUCGAUUUAUUCCUCCGGGGAUGCUCCGCCACCUCAUGAUGCAUCUCUGGAUGCUAUUUCUCGCCACCUGUUUUCAGAAAGCAACUCAACGCUAGAGUUUGAUGGACAGUAUUCUCAUGCUGAUCAAAUAUCAAUCCAGAAUGACUACUACUAUACCUUGAUUGGGAAUUAUAACAUGCAUGCUAUAACUCCAACCCAGGAUAGCAUGCCUUAUGCACAGCAUUCUCAGGUUGAUGAGACGUCAGCCCAGGAUUGA